GGAAGAUCUGCACACGCGUGAUCUAAGCGGGGACAUAAUGGAGGAUAGGUAGUAAACCCAUCGGUUCGGAAAGAGUAGCUCUUCUACUGUGUGGUUGUUUAUUGUCGCUGUCUGUUAUUUUACAGCUCUUGGUAUUAGUCACCGCUCUUGGUUAUCGACUACUCUCCUGGAUUGUAACAAAAUGCCGAAUAUCAAAAUCUUUAGUGGGAGUUCGCAUCCGGACCUGUCGCAAAAAAUUGCUGACCGUUUAGGGUUGGAGUUGGCGAAGGUUGUUACUAAAAAAUUCAGUAAUCAAGAAACAUGCGUUGAAAUUGGAGAGAGUGUGCGAGGAGAGGAUGUUUAUAUUGUCCAAAGUGGCUGCGGAGAGAUAAAUGACAACCUUAUGGAGCUCCUGAUCAUGAUAAAUGCCUGCAAAAUCGCAUCCGCUUCCAGGGUCACUGCUGUCAUUCCCUGCUUCCCGUAUGCGCGACAAGACAAAAAGGACAAGGUGGGGAGCCGGGCACCCAUCUCUGCCAAGCUCGUGGCCAACAUGUUGUCUGUGUCAGGAGCUGACCACAUAAUUACUAUGGAUCUGCAUGCCUCACAGAUACAGGGGUUCUUUGACAUCCCAGUUGAUAACCUGUAUGCAGAACCAGCUGUGCUUAAGUGGAUUAAAGAAAACAUCCCAGAGUGGAAAAACUGUAUCAUAGUUUCACCUGAUGCAGGGGGAGCAAAGAGGGUCACCUCUAUUGCAGAUAGAUUAAAUGUGGACUUUGCACUUAUUCACAAGGAAAGGAAAAAAGCUAAUGAAGUUGACCGCAUGGUGCUUGUGGGGGAUGUGACUGGCAGAGUAGCAAUUUUAGUGGAUGACAUGGCUGACACAUGUGGGACAAUCUGUCACGCAGCUGAUAAACUUAUUUCUGCUGGUGCAACCAAAGUCUACGCCAUCUUAACACAUGGUAUAUUCUCCGGUCCAGCAAUCACAAGAAUAAACAAUGCUUGCUUUGAGGCUGUGGUAGUCACCAACACCAUUCCUCAAGAAGAAAAGAUGAAACACUGUCCCAAAAUACAGGUUAUUGACAUAUCAAUGAUCCUUGCAGAAGCCAUCCGUCGCACUCACAAUGGAGAAUCUGUAUCAUAUUUGUUCAGCCAUGUCCCCUUGUAACAGCAAUGUGUACAUUCAACAUGUAACAUGCUGUCAUACCAAAUUAAGGAGCCCCUACCCAACACUGUUGUUCGCAAAUAUGCCCUACUAACUGUUGAAGUGUAUCUGUUACUAACCCUUACCUCAUCCUUAUACCUUUAGAUGACAUUUAUGUGUGUUUAUGGCACCAAAGCUACUGAAUAUUUAUUAAUACAGAGAUUUUUUUUUUAAAUGUAAGUGAAUUGCUCAUCUUUGCGCAAACAUUUCAUGCAGCAAAUGCGAUGUCACUUCCGCCAUGGUCAGGGGAGGCCUCCGAGAAACUGUUACAGAUGGUUAAGUAUAUCCUCUGCCAUGAGAAAGAUUAAUUAUAAUGAAUGUGAAUGUUUUAUUAAAUAGUUUACAGUGCCACUGAAGCUCCACUGAGUGCCUCAUUUGUCUGAAAUUAGGAAUUUUUCAUUCCCAGACAAACAUGUAGUAGUAGUUAUGAAGGUUUUUCUUCUGAGGUACCCACCUUGAGUGGUCUUUUUAAAGAUUGGUUUUAGUGUAGGGUCUAUAAUACGGUAGGGUCUCUGCAGGCUGGAGCUUCCUCUGAAACUUGUGACUUUCUUUCUCUUUCUGUUUUGCUUUCCUGUAAGUCUGGAUGAAGAAACACAUUUUAUGUGUAUUUUAUUUUUUUAAACUUUUGUGUUUGUUCAUUAAGUAGAACAUUUAUCUAAAAUUCUGUUCAUAAAUAAAUAAAAUAUACGGAAACCUUUUUA